UAAUGAAUGAGUGCUUCCUCCCAUGCAUAGUUAACAAAAGCAGGAUUAAUCUGAUGCGCAGUGUUAUAUAUAAUUGUGGGUCAAACAUCAGUCGCCUGGAUUUCAAGAGAUUUGUUACUGCAAUUUUACAGAGAUAUGAUGAGAUUAUCAGUGUUGCAUCUAUCAGGAUCCAUGGGAACCAACUAGCUGAGAUGCCAUAUAUUGGGACCCGCUCGAUUUACAGGCGACAAGGAAUGUGCAGCAAACUUUUAAGCUCCAUUGAAUUGGCACUCAGCUUUCUAGAAGUCGAGUUAUUGGUCAUACCUGUUGUCUCAACAGUAAAAAAUACGUGGAUUGAUGCUUUUGGGUUUGAGCCACUUGAUUUGAGAAGCAAGACAAUAAUAAAGGGCAUGAAUUUGUUGGUAUUCCCUAACACAGAAAUAUUGCAGAAAAAGAUACCAAAGCGUUAUUUUUCCAUUAAUUUUACUCCUACACAAGGUAUGUUUAAUUUGGUAUAGACACUGCAUAGGUUCUUUCUGAUUAGUGGUUGUGUAUUCUGUACUAUUUGAUGAAAUGCUUG